UAAAUCACAGAUCCAUAUAAAACUGGAGGAAAAUGUGAUAGUUUCAGUGUGUUUUUAUUGGGAUAUCGGUUCUGUUUUUUAUUUUAAGGUUUUAGUUAGCUGUUAAAUCGAUAAUCCAAUAAGAUUAUAUUAAAAUUAUACUUUUAUCCCUAGUUAUAUGAUAGUGACUUUAUAUUAUUUUAAAUACAUACACUAUUGUUUUUUUGCAUUUUAUUGUUGUUGUCUUAGUGUUGACUGAUAUGCAAUUUUCACGACAAUGUUUUUGUUCAAAUGCUGUGUUCAAUCCAAUAUAGAGUAAUCAGGGAAAAUGCUGAUGAUGCUUUCUAUGAGUUGGACAAUCCAGAGGAACAGAUCCAGUCUUAUGUAUUUGAUGUUGUUCGAGCUCACGUACCCAAAAUGAAUUUGGAUGAGCUUUUCGAACAGAAGGAUGAAGUUGCUAAGGCUGUCUUGGAGGAACUUGACAAGGUGAUGGGAGCAUAUGGAUACAAUAUUGAGCACAUACUGAUGAUUGAUAUAUUUGCGGACCCCUCUGUACUGAGAGCGAUGAAUGAGAUAAAUGCAGCUCAAAGACUGCAGCUAGCUAGUGUAUACAAGGGAGAAGCAGAAAAGAUUCUGCAAGUUAAGAAAGCAGAAGCGGAGGCUGAGUCCAAGUAUUUAGGCGGAGUUGGAGUCGCGAGGCAGAGGCAGGCGAUAACAGAUGGCUUGAGAGAGAACAUAUUGAAUUUCUCUCACAAAGUUGAAGGCACCUCAGCUAAAGAAGUGAUGGAUCUCAUAAUGAUUACACAGUACUUUGAUACAAUUAAAGACAUUGGCAAUUCUUCAAACAACACCACUGUUUUCUUACCACAUGGUCCUGGACAUGUCCGAGACAUCGGUCAGCAAAUACGUGACGGGAUGAUGGAGGCAGCCAGUGCACAUAUCCACACUGAAUAGUGUAGCUCUGUUGAUUUCUCAAUAUACCCUUUGUGAUGAAUGCGUAUGUUUCACUUCCCUCUGGGCAAAAGACUAGACAAUAAAGCUACUUAGAUGCGUUUUUUGGAAUGAUCAUCUUUGUUUCCCAUCUGUGAUAUUUUCAAUAGGGGUGUGCGAAAAUCGAAUUAUUUGGUUCGCUUGAUAAAGCGAACCGAAAAAUCGUUAUUGGUUUAUCAGUACCGGUUAUUGAGUUAACGGUCUUUAAACAGUUUUAGAAAUUUUUUUAUUGGGAUAUCGGUUUGGUUUUCGAUUUUAAGGUUUUAGUUAAAGGUUGAAUCGAUAACACAAAAGAUUAUAUUAAAAUUAUGUAUUUAUUCCUAGUUAUAUGAUAGCGGUUUUAUAUUUUAAA